UCGUACUGUGUACUAGCUAGCAUGAUGGAGUUUCUAUCCACAGUAUUUCUGAGUUCGCGCCAUUACCCCGAUUCAUAGCGGAAGCCGUUUUUUUACUUCCGCUUGCGCUGUUGUUGACAGUUGCGGGGUUACACCUUCACUGUUGAUAAAGAUUUCUCUCACUGCAGUUUCUUUUACCUGGAGUAAAUGGCAACACAUCGAAGGUGGAUACACAGUAGAGAUGUUUUAAAAAGCAGCGAGGACAGUUCACUUGCAGUGCCUCACCCGUCACUUCUCACGGAGUGGGUAGAUGACAUGAAACUAUGGCCCGAUGUUAGCUACAUCGACAUUAUUAAUUACCUUGUAUUUUCCGAAGGCGUUGAUGGCGAGGAAUUACGUAAUUACAAGAGCACCGAGGCGUAUAAUUACCUGCACAGCAACAAAAUUGAUAAAGUACUGCUCAACAAACAAGGCGACUUUAUUUUUCUUAAAGCAGCUGUAGAGCCGAGCCAGAGCAUUAAUCAAGCGAAACACUUAGCAUGGGUAAUGCUAAGAGAAAGUGGAGUAGUGGAGACAGUCGGCUGUUCCUGUAUCGCCGGAUUAGGGAGAUCAUGUAGUCAUGCGGCUGCUAUUCUGUGGAAGGUGCAGAAUGCUGUGAUCAGUGGAAAGACAGGGCUUGCGUGUACAGACGAGCAGCACAGGUGGAAUGCAGGGACAGCAAAGAACCUUGAACCUAAACGUCUAAGCCAGAUAAACUUCAGACAUCACAGGGCAGAGCAGCAGUACGAUGUGAACUCCCAGACUGCAGUGACACAAUCUCUCCCUAACACACCAUAUCACCUUACACAUCAAGACUUUAUUGACAGUGUUAGCAAAGCACCAGUGAAGCCACUUUUCCUCCUCAAGAACACAUUAAUUGGAAAGUGUUACAAUGCCUCGCCAUCUGCAGGUCCUCACCGCAACAGUAAAGUUGAUGAGCAAUUUUUUCAGCCACACCAAGCACACAGUUACAAACUAAGCUGUAAUCCAUGCAGGGCAUUCUACCAGGCAUGCAUUCAAGUUUCUGAAGAGCAAGCAGAACAAUUACAAGAAGAAACAAAAGAGCAAAGUGCAUCUGAUUUGUGGCACAACUGCAGGAAAAUCAGAUUCACAGCAAGCUCCGCUAAAAAAGUUCCAGUACGUGCCACCACAAAAAAUGACAAAUUUUUAUCUGAGCACAUGUACCCUUUCUUUCGUGGGAAUUAUGAAACAAACUAUGGUAAAGAAAAUGAAGUUAGAGCUUGUCAUCAGCUGAAAGAACAGGGUAAUAAUAAUAAUAAUACAUUUUAUUUAUAGGCGCCUUUCAGACCUUCAAGGUCACCUUACAGUAGCACGUAAA